AUCUAGAACUUGUGAAUACCUAUGUCUGCGGAACUAUAAUGUCAAAUAGAAAAGGUGUUCCAGAUGAUGUAAAAAAGGCAAAACUGAAAAGAAGAGGGGAGCUUGUACAGGUACAGAAAGGAAAUCUGCUUGCUACAGCAUUCAAGGAUAAAAGACAAAUAACAUUUUUGCCAACAUCUCAACAGCCAAAUAUGAACGAGGAUCUUCAUAAACCUCACGUGAAUGUCUCGUACAAUAUGUACAUGGGCGGUGUAGAUAAGUUUGACCAAAUGGCAUCCUACUAUCCAGUUGGAAGACCAGGGAAUAAGUGGUGGCGAUAUAUCAUGUGGUAUGUUGUGAACUUGGCUAUUGUAAAUGCCUGGAUCUUAUUUCAGAAAACAGAGAACAAAGAUCCCCCACCGAAGAAAUAUUAUGAUCACCUACAAUUCCGUGUGGAUGUUGCUGAUCAGCUGCAAGCAGGGUUUACCUGUAGGAAAUACAGAGCAGGAAGGAAAUCUAGAAAUGAUGAAAACAUUCCUGUGCUUGGUGCCAUCAACCAUCAUAAACUAGUGAAGAUUGAGGGUCGAAAGAGGGUGUGUCAGCAAUGUUCGA